AUGGAAGAUUCAGAGCAAAGAAGAAAACGGUUGAAAGAAAUGCGAUUGCAAGCUGAUCUUGCUGAGGAUUCUGGUGGUGGUGGCGGUGGUGGAGGUUCUGGUACGCAGGGUGUUCUUUCGAAUCCAUUGGCUGAAGCUCCUUCGACUAUGCUACCAUCGGAUGCUGCUCCAAGAUUUAACUAUUAUACAGAUCCAAUGAAUGCGUUCUCUUCUGAUAAAAGGAGUACUGACAAUGUUAGGGCACAAGGGCCCGAAUAUUUGCCUCCCCCUCCUCCUUUGAAUUUUGGUGGAUCUCCUAUGGCACAGUUUUCGUCGCCGCAUACAGAAUCAACAAAUCCACAGAUGUCUCCUUCUCCCACUCAAGCAUUGCCAGCACCCUAUAGAAACUCAGUUUGGAAUGGACCAAGAGGCCCUCCUCAGCAUAACUUUCCAUUCCGUCCAUCAGGUGGUGGUACUUAUCCAAGUCCUAGGUUUGUACCACCGGGCGGUCCAUCAUACAACAAUGCACCAGGCAUGAAUCAAUGGCCCAACCAAAAUGCAAAUCCUAGGUUCGAACCACCGGGUGGUCCAUCAUACAACAAUGCACCAGGCAUGAAUCAAUGGCCCAACCAUAAUCCAGAUCCUUCUUCAGGAUACAGUCCAAAUCAUUCUGACGGAUAUAUUCCAAAUCCUUCUUCAGGGUACAGUCCAAACCAUUCUCCAGCAUUCAGGAACAGUCCUAACACUAGUCGAGGGCGAGGCAGAGGCUUCUGGCAUAAUACCAGAGGCCCUGUUUCAGGACCUGGUGGUAGACAAGGAUCAGGUUCUCAUGGUCGCUGGUCAAAUGAAGACAGAAGUUGUGGUCCAGAACGAUAUUACAAGAGGUCCAUGAUCGAAGAUCCAUGGAAGUGUUUGAAACCUAUUAUAUGGUGUUCAACAUAUCCUUUUUCAAAUAUUUCAUUUACACCUGAGAAUUCAAAACCCCGGGCUCCUUCAGAAUCUACAAGUACAAAAAGGGAGGGACUGCCUGCUGCUCGUAGUAAACCCAGUUCUGAACCAAGCCUUGCUGAGUACUUGGCUUCCGCGUUCAAUGAAGCUGCCAACACUGAAGAAUAA